UGCCCAAGGACACGCAGCGGAAUCGAGAUGCUUUUCUUAACAGAAAUUCAUUAAAACAAUUGUCAAAUCCGGUCCGAAAAUACUGUCUCACUCUGACACAAACACACUCCCGUUCGUCAAAGCUCAGCCAGCCAAGCUUAGGUGCUCCUCUCUCUCACUGUCGAGCGAGCUCCCAGACAAAGCUUUUUUUUUUUUUUAUUGCUUUGCAUUUUGAGAAGAGUGUGAGAGAGAGAAACAAAGAAAGAAAAGUUCUUAUUCUCUGGAAGAAGAACGUUGGAAGUUUUACAGACCCAAGUAAAACCCAGAGACUAAAGUGGAAGAGAAGAAGAUUCUUUGGCUUUUUUUUUAUAUGAACAAUGGCUUCAAGAUUCAAGCUUGUCUUUGCAGUUUUUUUGUUGGUUCUGCUUUUCGAUUUCUGCAGGGGAAGCAUGGUUGGAGUUUGCUAUGGAAGGAAUGCUGAUGAUCUUCCAACACCUGAUAAAGUUGCACAAUUGGUUCAACUUCACAACAUUAAAUACCUCAGGAUUUAUGAUUCUAAUAUCCAAGUGCUGAAGGCCUUUGCAAACACUGGCGUUGAACUUAUUGUGGGAGUUUCAAAUUCAGACUUGCUAGCAUUUUCCCAGUUCCAAUCAAAUGCAGAUUCCUGGCUAAAGAAUAGCAUCCUUCCAUACUAUCCAGCCACAAAGAUCACGUACAUUACUGUAGGUCUUGAAGUCACAGAGAGCCCUGGUAAUACCUCCGCCUUGGUUGUACCUGCUAUGCAUAAUGUCCUCACAGCAUUGAAAAAGGUUGGCCUGCACAAGAGGAUUAAGGUUUCAAGUACCCAUUCCCUAGGGAUUCUAUCCCGAUCAUUCCCACCUUCUGCUGGGGCUUUUAACAGCAGCCAUGCAUUUUUCUUGAAACCUAUGUUGGAAUUCCUAGCUGAGAACCAGUCACCUUUUAUGAUUGAUUUAUAUCCUUAUUAUGCUUAUAGAGAUUCUCCAAACAAUGUCUCCUUGGAUUAUGCUCUGUUUGAGUCAUCGUCAGAAGUCAUAGAUCCAAACACCGGUCUACUUUACACAAACAUGUUUGAUGCCCAGAUAGAUGCUAUUAAUUUUGCCCUGAUGGCUCUAAAUUUCAGGACAAUUAGGAUAAUGGUCACGGAAACUGGCUGGCCUUCCAAAGGUUCACCAAAAGAGAAGGCUGCUACUCCUGACAAUGCCCAGACUUAUAACACCAAUUUAAUUCGUCAUGUUAUUGCUGACUCUGGUACACCUGCCAAGCCUGGCGAAGAGCUAGAUGUGUAUAUUUUCUCAUUGUUUAAUGAGAACAGGAAGCCUGGACUGGAAUCAGAGAGAAACUGGGGUUUAUUUUAUCCAGAUCAGACAAGUGUGUAUAACCUGGACUUCACUGGAAAAGGUGCUGUUGAUAUGACACAUGGUGCGAAUGGUACCAAUUCAAAUGGAACAACCUGGUGCAUCGCUUCUAGCAAGGCUUCUGAAUCGGAUUUACAGCAUGCCCUAGAUUGGGCUUGUGGUCCUGGAAAUGUAGAUUGCUCUGCCAUUCAGCCUAGCCAGCCAUGUUUUGAGCCAGAUAAUCUAGUUUCUCAUGCCUCUUUCGCAUUCAACAGUUACUACCAGCAAAAUGGGGCUAGUGAUGUUGCAUGCAGUUUUGGAGGAAAUGGAGUUAAAGUUGAUAAGGAUCCUAGCUAUGAUAAAUGCAUCUAUCUGACCUCUAGAGGGUUCAACAAAACAGCAGCAAGUAAUAUGACUGCCAUUGCUAGUACUUCUUCCUCCACACGUACUGAAGUUUGUGCAUGGAUUGCUGGUUUCUUUCUGACGACAUUAUUCCCUUUUUUAUUUUGAACCUGGGCAAUGUGUUAGAUGCACAUCAAUUUGAAGACAGAUGAGAAGUCUGACACGUAUAUGAAGUUAGCCCUCACAAGAUGAUGGAGAUGUAUUCAAGAAAAUUGUGGUGGCGAACAAUUUGCAGCUGCCUCUAGUUUUUGUAUGGUAUUGGUUGUGCUGAUGAGAUCCUGUAAAACGAGAAUGUGUAUUAUGCUGUCCAUUGCUGCUGCUGCUUGUGUUAAAUGUGGUGCGAUUUCUGUAUCCUGUUAAGGCCAUGGGGGUCUUUCUUUCUCAUCCGAAUAUUUUAUAUUAAUUCCACUACCUCACGUAACAUUCUUAAAGUCUGUUAAUUUAACCCUCUACAUAACAAUCACGUUGCCCCAGCUAACAAGUUUAAAUUUUGAAUGGAUGCUGAUCUUGAUUCUCAUUGCCAUACGACAAAAUCAUCCAACUUGACGAUAUUGAUGUAAAUUAAAAAUAGAAGGGCAUCUUUUAUCCCUAUGAAUAAAUUCAACACCGCAAUUGGCCAAGGCAUGCUGCUAGUGCUACCGUCCUCGCAAACCUAUAUAUUCUCAUUCCCUAGAAAUUUGAAGGUGCCAUGAGAUUCCGAGUAUUAAAUCUUCAACGGCAAUCCGGUCCGUACCAUUUUGGGUGCUUAUCCUGUCUCAUUCUAUAAGGAGAAUAGCCAUUUGAGAGGAUUGAAUAUUCUUCAGUUAAACAAGCAAGUCCUUCUCUAAUCGCCUCCGCUACCAACUAGGCAGUUAGCAAGCAGCACAUGCACCACCAUAUGAAAGCCUUAUCCAUCUUCACAACCCAAACUAGUUUUAACAAAGUAAGGAUUAUGUCGAAACAACAUCAACUACCAAGCCAUAGAUAUCAUUCAUUUGUACCCAUAAAAAUGUAAUUGCAAGACUCAAAAUGGGUGAAGCUAGGAUUCGAUUUGUUUCGCUGCACUUAAUAGCGGAAGGAACAAGUUUCAACCCUUGCACACAGACCACUAAAUACCCUUGUUUUCGCCACCCGAACCAAAAACAA